GUAAGGGUUAAUGAGUUUGCUGUGGCAUAUUGUGUGGAUCUGAGAGCGUUCUGGUGGUCCACGAGUUCACACACUUUGGUGAGGCGGUGACACUCGUGAGUCAUUUGCGCUGCGCUCUCAGGAGUGACAGCUGAUGCCCGCUCAUGGACCACUGCAUAAACACCACAGGAUCUGUCCACGAUACACCUGACCACCGACACAUCUCCGGCCGCGUGCUGUUUCCGCCUCUCUCCGCAUUACGCAUUACUCUUAGUUAUUUGCCAUGCCAAGCUGGAGGAGAAACCUGACUUUUUGCCUGCAGAGAAUGCAUGACGAAGAUGAUGGGCCGUACUCUAAGGGGAACAAGGACUCGACGGGGCCAGACAACUCGCUCCCAUCCAGAAGACAAAGCAUCCCAGAACUGCGUGGGGUUACACUGGUUGAGCUGAUUAAGAAGGAAGGAAGCACUUUAGGUCUCACCAUCUCGGGCGGAACAGACAAGGACGGCAAACCACGCGUCUCCAACCUGCGGCCGGGUGGACUGGCGGCUAGGAGCGAUCAGCUCAAUGUGGGCGACUACAUCAAGUCAGUCAAUGGGAUCAACCUGACCAAGCUGCGUCACGACGAGAUCAUCAGUCUGCUAAAAAACGUAGGCGAGCGCGUCGUGCUGGAAGUGGAGUAUGAACUGCCUUCACCUG